GUCAACAUAAGAAAACGGAAGACAAGUUGGCAUUGUCGGGUUGGUGCAUCAGAAGCCAUCAUGCAAAGCACAACAAAUUACCUGUGGUUAAUAUCAGACCUACUGGGUCAAGGAGCCACAGCAAACGUCUACCGCGGCAGACACAAGAAAACAGGGGACCUGUAUGCGGUGAAGGUCUUCAACAACCUGAGCUUCCUGCGGCCCUUAGACGUCCAGAUGAGGGAGUUUGAGGUGCUGAAGAAGCUGAACCACAAGAACAUCGUCAAGCUCUUCGCCGUGGAGGAGGAGUCAAACACAAGACACAAGGUGUUGGUGAUGGAGUAUUGUCCAUGUGGCAGCCUCUACACAGUACUGGAGGAGUCCUCCAACGCCUACGGUCUGCCAGAAGACGAAUUCCUCAUCGUGCUGCAGGAUGUCGUCGCCGGCAUGAACCAUCUGCGUGAGUACGGCAUCGUGCACAGAGACAUAAAGCCGGGCAACAUCAUGCGAGUGAUCGGGGAGGACGGCCGCUCCGUCUACAAGCUCACAGACUUCGGGGCCGCCCGGGAACUGGAGGACGACGAACAGUUCGUAUCACUCUACGGCACAGAGGAAUACCUGCACCCAGACAUGUAUGAGCGUGCGGUGCUGCGCAAGGACCACCAGAAGAAGUACGGGGCCACAGUAGACCUGUGGAGUAUCGGGGUGACCUUCUACCACGCCGCCACCGGCAGCCUGCCCUUCAGGCCCUUCGAGGGGCCCCGCCGCAACAAGGAAGUCAUGUAUAAGAUCAUUACAGAAAAGCCGUCUGGAACCAUCUCUGGGCAGCAGAAGUUUGAGAAUGGCAAGAUCGAGUGGAGCUCGGAGAUGCCCGUAUCCUGCAGCCUGUCCAAGGGUCUCCAGAGUCUGCUGACCCCCGUGCUGGCCAACAUCCUGGAGGCGGACCAGGAGAAGUGCUGGGGCUUCGACCAGUUCUUCGCCGAGACCAGCGACAUCCUGCACCGCAUGGUGGUCUACGUCUUCAGCCUGCAGCAGGCCACGCUGCACCACGUCUACAUACACAAGUACAACACAGCCACCCUGUUCCAGGACGUGCUGUAUCGCUGGACCACCAUUCAGCCGGGCAGCCAGGAGUUCCUGUACGAGGGGCGGCGCCUCAACCUGGACCCCAACCGGCAGGCGCAGACCUUCCCGCCCACCUCCCGCGACAACCCCAUCAUGCUCGUCAGCAGGGAACUCGUCAACACCGUCGGACUCAUCUUCGAGGACCCCAGCCCACCCAAAGUGCAGCCCCGCUACGACCUGGACCUGGACGCCAGCUACGCAAAAACGUUCGCAGGGGACGUUGGUCACUUGUGGAAGACAUCAGAGUCACUGCUGGUUUACCAAGAGCUCGUCAGAAAAGGAGUAAGAGGUCUGAUAGAGCUGAUAAAGGAGGACUUCACUGAGACGGCCCACAAGAAAGCAGAGGUCUUCCACAUGUGCAACUUCUGCAACCAGAUCCUCGAGAAAACAGAACAACUCUACCAAAUACUGAUGCAGGCCAACCUGGCGUCGUCAGAAUACGAUGAAAUCUCAGACAUGCACAAAAAAGUGUUGCGGCUUUCAAGUUCACUAAGUUCUAUGGACCAGACGAUGCAGGACAUCAAAAACAAGUUUGUGCCGGGGGGCAUGCUGACAGACGCUUGGACACAGCAAGUGGGCACACAUCCAGACGACCGAAAUGUGGAGAAAAUUAAAGUCCUCUUGGAUGCCAUCACUGCCAUCUACCAUCAGUUCAAAAAGGACAAGGCCGAAAGACGUCUCCCUUAUAACGAAGAACAGAUCCACAAAUUUGACAAGCAAAAGCUGGUGCUGCAUGCGACCAAGGCUCGGGCUCUGUUUACAGACGAGUGCGCUAUGAAGUAUCGGCUCUUCAUCUCCAAGAGCGAAGAAUGGAUGAGGAAGGUGCACCACGUGAGGAAGCAGCUGUCCUCUCUAAACGGCCAGUUCAUCAACAUGGAACAGGAGGUCACCAUGCUCAUGCAGCACGUCUACAAGCUCCAAGAGCCAUUACCCCAGAAGAUCAUGCCCCUAAUCUCUGGCGGCAUGAAGCCUCAGGCGUACCUCAGCCAGAGCACACUGGUGGAGAUGACCCUCGGGAUGAAGAAACUGAAGGAGGAGAUGGAGGGAGUGGUGAAGGAGCUGGCAGAAAACAAUCACUUCCUGGAACGAUUUGGAACAUUGACACUGGACGGUGGACUGAGAAACGAUCGGAUAUAACAAUGACCCCAGCCCUAUAUGUGAAUCCCUCCCCUAUCCUCCCAAUUCCAAAAUACUCCCUCCGAGUCUAGGGUGUGUGCGUGUGCGUGCGUGCACGCGUGUGCGUGUGUGUGUCUGUGAGAGAGAGAGAGAGAGAGAGAGAGAGAGAGAGAGAGAGAGAGAGAGAGAGAGAGAGAGAGAGAGAGAGAGAGAGAGAGAGAGAGAGAGAGAGAGAGAAUAUGCGUGUGCAUGUACAGUACGUGUGUGUGUGAGUGAGAGAGAGAGAGAGAGAGAGAGAGAGAGAGAGAGAGAGAGAGAGAGAGAGAGAGUGUUAGUGAGUGUGAUUGUUGGUAAUGAGUGAGGCACCGGAGGAGAGACCCCAAUGUACAUAUUGCAUAGUGCUGUAAAUAUUGCCACGUAUCGCCAGUUAUCCAGGAUUAUGUUUAUACUGUAAUUUUCAUCUCCUGUCCCACAACUGAAAGCCCCCUUUCCAUCGCCACCCCCACCUCACUCCAAAAUGAAUGAACCAAUAUGACCUUUGACCCCUUAAACCUUAAAGUGAUAUUGUCCCAUUUUUGGAAAUAAGCUUAUAUUACACC